AAGUCGUCUGGUUUGACUUGGAAGAUGGCAGCAGGUAAGUGGGUGUUCAUGUGUGUGUUUGGCGUGUAGUUGUCGAGUUUGCACCCUCAAACGCCGACAGCGGGGAGAAAAGAGUCCAAAAAAAGGGAAACGGUUGGUUGGAGUGCAAGAUCGCGGGACACAGGUGCGGGGAAACAGUUAAACAGUUUGACAGAGCUCCUGUGCGCUGCUAGCGCACUUCCGGUACCGGCACUCUCAGGCCACGAGGAGAGUCACGCGCCAGUCGGGGAUGACGGUGCGUUUAAUGGCGCUCCGACACAAAUAGUUAUUUGAAAUUUUUUUUGAUGAAUUUGAUUUCAUGUUAUAGUAAGUGCUCAGCACAUACAUACACUAUAAUUCUGACACUAUACUGUCAUACUUUCAUUGAUUACUAUUCACCUUUACUACCAUUACUACCUAAACACCACAGUUAAUACUUUUGUGAGUGACUUGAGACAAGAUUACAGAGGCAUUCUGAAUUUUUAAAAAUUGUUUUACUGCAACUAAUAAAAUUGUAAACCUUGACAUCUUUUUGUACAUCACAUGCGGUUCAGUGCAUGUUUAUUGAACAGAUGUUCAAUACACGUUUGACUAAGUUACUUUCGAUAAGAAACAUCACACCUUCCACACUGGUUGAAAAUACAUGAAAUCUUGUACAUUCUCCUGUGUAUCUAUGAUAGUUAUUUAAGCAUAUUUAUGUAGUUGUCUGAAGUGCCUGCUGACACCUGCAUACGUGCUAGUUAAAAUUAUGCUGGCAGAGACUGGUAUAUUCUCAGUUUACAGUGUUUAGUUGAUGUCUCCAUGCUCGAACUCUGUAGUGGUAUAGGUUAGUGUUGUUGUCUUUAAUUGAUAUGAUAUGUUACUGAGUAGAUCAGAAUUUGAAUUUGUGGUGCCUGACCUUAUUGUGUGCACUUCCAUGGAAAUGAUACAUGCUGUUAAAGUUAACAAAAGUGGGAAAAUAUAUGAUAUAUUAACUUAUAAAAAACUGAGGGUGUACAGUCCUGGAGUAGGUUCACGGGAGGUCCUGGCUACUCUCAUAGAAAGCCACGCUUAUUUCUGCUGUUAAAUCAGAACAUUAAAAUGUCAUCUCAUUAUAUUACAAACACUCAUGAGUAAUAUAGUAGGUCUUAAUUAUUUUUACGUUAUACUAACAAGACCCCAAAAAUAUUGAGAAGAAUGAACUGAAGCUGAAUGCUGUCCCUCUUUAAAGAUAUAAUGUGCAACCCAAAAAUAAAAAAAUAGAUUUAUGUAAUUAUAUGAGAUUGAACGUGUGUUCUUGCACAUUAAUGGUAAAGGAAAUCACUUAUCCCCACUGUAUCUCACUCAUAUUAGCGGUUAAUGUCCUUUGGGAAGCAAAUCAACCUUUUACGUAGAGACACAUGUCCACCUGCAUCUGAUACAGGUGUUAUAAGAGCUGUGUCCUCACUUUUUCUUUAGCAAACAUGUCUGAGCUGCAGGGGGUAGUUAUCUUGUCACUGUUUGUCCUUUGUUUGAACACUGUUUCUGGUUGUGAACUGUUAAAUAGAUUCCACAUGCCAAGUUUGUUUAAACAUGGAGACAUAAUGAUCGGAGGAAUUUUUCCAAUUUUUGAGAAAGAGAUCAGCAGCAUUUCUACAUUCAAGAGCAAGCCACUUGGAGUUAAAUGUGUGGGGUGAGUUUUAUUUCAUUUGGCUUUUCUAUUUUUCAUAAUUGCUCUUUUACAAGUUUUUACAUACUUAAAACUGUAUGAACAUUUGAAGCUGCAACACUGUUGUUUCAGAUUUGACCUCCGUGCUUAUCGGUGGAUCCAAGUGAUGAUGUUUGCAAUUGAAGAAAUCAACAAAGACUCUGCUCUCCUGCCAAACAUUUCUCUUGGCUAUGGGAUCUUUGACUCAUGUGCAUCUCCUACAAAUUCUUUGCGUGCUGCGCUGACACUGGCAAGCAGACCAGAGGAGACUUCGCCUUGUCCUCCAGCCAUACCUGCACUCAUCGGGGUUGCAGGAUCUACCCAGUCCUUAGCUUUGGCGAGAGCUCUUGGACCCUUUAAAGUACCAAUGGUAAGAGAUUUGAUGAUGUGUUUAUUUGAUAAUGUUGUGUCAUGUAUGGUAUAUUGGUAAUGAAUAUAAGGGUUUCUAGUUAGAAGCAGAUCAAGCAGCACAUUACCUUUUGGCUGAGCAUUUUGUACCAUACGGAAACAGCGGAGUUCUUAAAAUUGAGUUCAAGAAAGUGGCAUCAGAAAAUGAUUAAAAGAUGACAGCGAAAACUGCUGUUUUCAAGUCAUGAAACACCCUUCUUUUUUCUAUUUUUUUUUUGAGUAAUUAAAUGCAAAUGAACACACUGAAUGAUGAACACCAUCAUUCACCAUGCUUUAUAUGUGUUUUUUCCUUAUACUGACUGAUUGGGGUAAACUGUUUUUUUCUGACUGUUUCUUUGUAGGUGAGUUACUUCUCAACAUGUGCCUGCCUCAGUGACAGAGCUAAAUAUCCAUCAUUUUUUCGAACAAUUCCCAGUGAUUAUUUCCAGGCCAAAGCUUUAGCAGCUCUGGUUGAACGCUUUGGUUGGCAGUGGAUUGGAGUCAUACACUCAGACAAUGAAUAUGGAUAUAACGGAUACAAGGCUUUUGCCAAAGAGCUUAAAAAACAUGGAGUUUGCAUUGGAUUUGCAAGAACUUUAUUAUAUACUUACACCAUGGAUAAAAUUCUGAAUAUUGUUGAAACAGUGAAGCAGUCUACAGUCAAGGUCAUCCUUGCUUUCGUCUCAGUUGUCGACUUUUACCCUUUGAUGCAAGAGGUUGUGAAACAAAACAUUACAGGAAUUCAGUGGAUUGCCAGUGAAGUCUGGAUCACAGCAAUUCAACUCUCAACGCCUGAAAUGUACCAAGCUUUUGGUGGUGCUUUGGGGUUUGUGGUGCAGAAGAUAGCGAUUCCAAAACUGAAACAAUUUCUCACAAACAUUAGCCCAUAUACUGAUCCAAGUGCAGCCUUUGUAAAGGAUUUCUGGGAGGUGAUGGUGGGCUGCAGACCUGUUUCUUCUGGAGAGCACACAGGCACUGAGACAAUACAUGAAGUAUGCACAGGCAAUGAGACCUUCGUGAACCCUCAGGAUGUGUUCUUCGAUGUCACUCAGCUCCGAGUGUCCUAUAAUGUCUAUAAAGCUGUUUAUGCUAUUGCUCAUGCCCUGCAUCAGCUGGUUUUCUGCCAACCAGUUGGAGGAAAAAUCAUGAAACCAUGUUUGAAUUUAUCAGACAUUCAGCCCAAGGAGGUGAGAAAUCUUUCCACACAUGUCCAUCUGUCCAAAAACAACCAUUCUUCUCUUGACAUUUGAUGCUGAUAUAAACAAUAAUAAAUACUUUGCGUCUUUAUUCAGGUCACUGAUAACUUACACAAGGUGAAUUUCAGGAAUCAGUUUGGGGAUGAUGUGUUUUUUGAUGCCAAUGGCGACCCUCCUGCUUCCUAUGAUAUAAUUAACUGGCAGCUGAGAGACGGUCAGGUGCAACAUGUCACAGUGGGUCAUUUUACUUCUACUGUAAAUGCUGACUAUAAGCUCAGCAUCAAGGACAAAGACAUCGAGUGGAGGACAGGGAAAACGGUAACUUAAAUGUUUUUUUCAUACAAUAUGCUGAGAUUUUGGACCAUCAAUACAAAAUAAUUUAUUCAAUCUGUUUUUCGACUUGUUUCCCCAGAUUCCCACAUCAAUAUGUUCUGCAGAUUGUCCAGUGGGAACAAGAAAAGCUCGAAUCAAAGGAAAACCAACGUGCUGCUUUGACUGUAUCCUGUGUGCAGAUGGAACAAUAGCCAACUCAACAGGUAUGAAAAGCAUGUUUGUGAAAAUUACUACUGUACAAAGUUUGGUAUCAUAGUAAAAAAUAUCAUCUUUGUAUACUCCUGAUUCUUAAACCCAAAGCCUUUUUGGAUCUCCAUGAAAGUCACAGAUUUCUUUGAAACUGUUGUAAUUUUUAUUAAAAUAUACAGCACAUAUACAAAGCUGAAUAUCUCUGUUUAUGUUUAACAGGUGCCACUGACUGCACUCCCUGUCCUCGGGAAUUCUGGUCCAAUGAGAGGAAAGAUGAGUGUAUUCCUAAAACUAUUGAGUUCCUGACAUAUGCUGAGCCAAUGGGAAUAGCUCUCUCAGUCGUAUCCCUGCUGGGUGCUUCACUGUCUUUGGUCACAAUGAUCGUCUUCAUCUGUUACAGAGAAACUCCGGUCAUAAAGGCCAGCAACUCUGAGCUCAGCUGUUUACUGCUGUUUUCUCUUUUCUUGUGUUUUCUCUGUCCUCUCACUUUCAUUGGCAGACCCACAGUCUGGACAUGCAUGCUGCGACACACAGCUUUUGGUGUGACCUUUGCUCUUUGUAUCUCCUGUGUCUUAGGUAAAACUAUUGUUGUAGUUACAGCUUUCAGGGCCACCAUCCCUGGCAAGAAAACAGCAGAAAAGUUUGGUCCUGCACAGCAGAGGAUCAUCGUUUGCGCCUGCACUUUGAUUCAGAUAGUCAUAUGUGUGUUAUGGCUCAAAUUGAACUCACCUUUCCCAGACAUGGUUUUCAGAUACAGCAAUAAGAAGAUUGUUCUGGAGUGUAACACAGGCUCUGAGGCUGCUUUCUAUGCAGUACUGGGGUACAUUGGGAUCCUUGCAGUGCUUUGUUUGGCCCUGGCAUUUCUAGCAAGAAAACUUCCAGAUAACUUUAAUGAGGCUAAAUUCAUCACCUUCAGCAUGCUGAUAUUCUGUGCGGUCUGGAUCACCUUUAUCCCAGCUUAUGUCAGCUCUCCUGGGAAGUUCACUGUAGCUGUGGAGAUAUUUGCUAUUUUAUCAUCAGCAUUUGGAUUAUUAAUCAGCAUAUUUGCUCCAAAGUGUUACAUCAUAUUGAUAAAGCCGGAGAAAAAUACCAAGAGACAUGUCAUGGGAAAAAUAAAGAAAUAA